AUGGGCAGACCACGCCCAAACAAGCUCAUCGCCUUGGCCGUCUUUGCUUCCGCCCUCGUUCUCCUCUACCUCUUCUUCCCUGCCUCCAUCUCCGCACGUCUCAUCGCCUUCGUUACCACCCGCCCCCGCAGCACAUGCACCCCCCGUGCCUACGCCAAUGGCUCCUGGACUCCCAAGGCCAUUGUGCCCGACCUCCCCGUCAUGACCAAGCCCGACGACGCCCUCAUCUUCGCCGGCUUCCAGGGCUGCGCCAGCAGCCGCGAGUAUUACUGGCACCUCGGUGCCGACCAUGAGGAGCAAUGGGACCGCUUUCCCGCCGUCACCUCUUGGGAAUGGACACCUGGCGACGACUGUGUCGUUCGCCCCCUUAGUCCUGCCGCGAUGAUCAAGGACAUGGUCGAGCAGGGCGGAUGGCUUCUCAUCGGAGACUCGGUCACGGAGAACCAGUUCUUCUCGCUGUCAUGCAUCCUAUACCCGCACGUGCGCGCGACCCCGAACUACACGGAGAACCCGUACUUUGACCGCGCCUGGCCGCAGCAUCUGUACCUCUCCCCGACGUCGCCGCUACUCCCGCACCUUUCCUUACCUCCCCAUUUCAACAUCUCGGGAACGCCGCUGGUGACGUUUCGGCGCGUGGACCUGCUCUUCUCACAGCCCGAGCUGGUCUCGCUGUACGCAGAGCUGCACCCGGACAAGGCCGCCGAACCGGGGUGGUCGCUCUUCUCCGACGAGAAGGCGUGGUCGCUCCCGCCCGCGGAGUACCUCGCGCUGUUCGGCGCGGAUGACGUCGGUGCACGCUACCGCACGCUCGUCGCGAGCACGGGCGGGCACUGGACGACGACGCUCUUCAGCGGGCUCGCGGAUGCGGACGCGCCCGGGGGCGGGAUCCAGAACGUGCUCGACUUCUACACGGUCGCGAUGCGGCGCUGGGCGGACGCGGUGCAGACUGCGCUCGACGGGAUGAACAGCGCGGGCGGGGGCGGGGGCGCGCCGCAUCAGGUGGUCGUACGCGCGUAUCUGCCCGGGCACGAGGACUGCCAUGACUGGCGCGAGCCGUGGACGGAGUGGCACCCGUACAAGUGGAACUGGUACAACUGGCCGUGGAUCGGGGACUUCAACGCGAUUUUUGAUGACCUGCUCUCGCGCCCGCGAUACCCCGAUAUCCACUACCUCGCGAUCGACCGCCCGGCGCUUCUCCGACCCGACGGGCACGCGGCGGGCGACUGCCUGCACCUCAUCGCCGGCACGGGCGUCCUCGAGGGCUGGUCGCACUAUAUCUGGCACUACGUCACGCGCGAGCUGCCAGGGCGCGUCCGAUAA